UUAAUUGUCAAUGAAAUGUGGCAGGUUGCCUGUACAUGGGACGAUGUCAAGUGGCUGCGUCAAGACAUGGAGAAGUCACUCAGUUCGUCUGCCGUCCAUUUCAGGAUAAAGCUGCUCCAAGCUGCUGCUCAGAUGCAGACUGCCCUCAGUAUUCAAGACCUCGGCCAGCUGUAUCACAAACCUCUGAGAGACUCAGAGGGCACAAUAGUCAUAUGCACGGUCAACUACACUCACUCACCUAAGUCUAUCUCUGUCCUCAACUCGCGCUGGUUACCCCUCGGUAAACUCAGCAAACGAGCACCUCCCUCACCUGAUGCCAACAUCAGUGAGAUCCUGAUGUCCACUAUUCAGGAGCAGAUCACUUACCAUCAAGUGAGCAGCAUCAGGCUACCAAGGGGGCUGUACUUGGCCUACUUGAAAAUGAGAAGUUGUGUUGACCUGCUGCAAGUGCUGGUACCGGCUAAGUCACCCAAUGUCCCGCCUCACUGCAAGAUCAGGGAUAAUCCCCACGUCACUGCAGAAGAGUGGCGAGCUCUGGUAGGAGGGGCUGUAUCUGAACACCAAAAGUCUUUUGUAGAACAAGUGGCAGCGACAGCACGGCGACUCUUCACGUAUAUGGAAGUCUCAGCUGAGGAAGCAACUGUACACAGGUUGUAUGAUCUCGAGGCGGUGGAGAUCUCGCCUGAGGUCUCUCUACUGAUGGUAGUGCCACCGGUGGACUCAGCAUGCUCAGUGCCAGGUCAACGCGAGACGCUGCUCCAACGCCCUGACCUGCUGCCACUACCGGUGCAGGUGUUUGAGAUGGUACACCUGGGUACCUACCGCCAUCAGGUGGUCAGUCGGUACAGCCGCCUCAGUUGCAUCAUUGAGUUGGACAUGGCUCUGGCUCAACACUCCCAGCGGGAGGCCUUCUCCAGUUCAGAACUGACUGUAGCUAAGGAAAGGUUGGCCAGGCUGGAAGCACUGCAGGUUCAACUGAAUGCAGCCUGGAAGCAGAGUCGAUGGCUGCUGGACGUGUUAGCGUUCGCCAGGGACAGGCUGAGCCAUUCACCCACCAGCAUGAGGCACUUGCUUGCACACAAUACCAAGCGAUCUAGGGACCAGAUGGACACACAGAAUGGGUUGCUACAACCUCCAGACCCAAAGGCGGUAAAGUCUCGGGGGUCAUGGCCAGGUCCAGGAACCGGGAGGUUGCUGGGAACGGUGACAGCGGAGCUUAGUCGCUCGGAACAACACUUGAGUAACUCCUCUGGACAAGGGUCACCACCUCCAUUGCCCCCACCUCGACCUGAUCCACCGACCCCACCACAGACAGAAUCAGUGCGGUUACCACCAUCGCGUAGUGAGGACACGCUGGUCAUGACGCGUAACUCUCACGCAACUCGUGCACGCUGCAGUGUCUCAGCCACCACCUCUCCCCUCCUGCACUCCCGACCCCAGUACGGCAGUGGCAGCCUGCACUCUCUUUCAUCUGACGACUCUGCCGUAGCAAACCACAGCAAGAGUGAGGGGGAAGGAGAGGAGGAGGGUGCAACAGUUCCUGCUCCAGCUCCUGGCAUCCUCCAGGUAUACGCUGCGUAUGACACAGGGCUGGCAGCCGGGACAAGUCUGAAACUGCAUGUAUCGCCACGGACGUCUGCACGAGAGGUAGUAGACCUGGUUGUGAAACAACUCAACAUGGCUGUUGUAUUGAAGGGGAAGGAUGGACCUAUCUACCCGGCUGACCAACUGGGGAACUUUUGCCUCGUAGCUGUCAUAGGUGCACGAGAGCGCUGUCUGCGUGAUGACUUCAAACCUCUGCAGCUCCAAAACCCGUGGAAAAAAGGCCGGCUGUAUGUGCGGCAGAAACAUGAUGUUUUGGCAGCAUUAGAGCACAGUUCUCGACACUCUGCAUUCUUGUAGACAGGAAGUAGUAAGGAGAUAACAACAUAGCAAACGCUUAUCAGAUGGUGAGAACAGUGUGGGUCUGAAUGCUAAAAUUUCACAGUGACACAGUCUGAUAUAUAGAGGAGAUAUAAAUAUGACAAACUGCUUCUUUCUGUUGACAAAUAGUUUAAAUUAGUUUUGUGUUUUCAAAAGCUUAAUUUAUAAAAUAAAUUAUACAGUAUUCAAAUAUUUCCUAAAUGUCAGGAAAUAAUUAAGUACAUUUUUCAAGACAUUAAAUUUCUCUAACCAUAUAUAAGUUACAGAUUGUAAUUUUCCAUGAAUUUGUUUUGUUAAUACUUGACUGAUUCAAAAUUUAAAAAAGGAUUUUAAGUAUUAACAAAAUAGUUACUGUACAAUAAUUGUAUAAACUGGAACAAACAUUAAACCAAAAUUAAAACAGUGGUAUGCGAUAGAUACUUUAAUUUUGUGAAUUGGAUAUAAAACACUAAGAAAUAAAUUCUCACUGCUCUUAUAUGAGUAUAAAAUGAGCACAGAUUGUUUUUAUUCAGUAAAAAAAUCUUUUACUCAGUUAUUUUUAAUGUAACAAAAUUACAACAAAAGCAAACUGUAUUUAAGAUAUUAAUGGUUUUUUAUUGUUUGCUGGUUUUUCUAUUUUAUUUGAUUUUUAUGUGUAGGGUUUUAAACCGCUACUAUUUUGAAACCUUAAAAAAUAUUUUAGAUGUUAAGCAUCAUCAAUUUUACAUCCUUCAAAGUCAUGGAAAUAUAAAAUUUGUGGUUAUUUUGAUAAAAAUUACAAACAAAAGAAUGCUACUUAAUUUUACUUCCUCAGUAAAAUAUUUUACAACACAGACCUUUCUACACCAUCUGACAAGGAGUGAUUGUUCAAUAAUUUUUUCUUAAAUUUGAUUUUGCCACUGGACUUAUUAGUUCAGUGUGAUUAAAAAUAAAUUAAAAGUUUGUCUAAAACAUCAAGACUUGUUGACAGUUUUAGUGUUUAAGACAAACCUGCUCUUGAAUUAGUAGCAAAAUUAAUUGGUAUAUGAAGAGAAAUUAUAGGGUUUUUAACUGUGAUAGCCAAAAUACUACAGGUCCAACAUAAAGAAAUGUAUUUUUAAACCACUGAUGGUUAUGAAAUAUUCGUGCUAUUUAUUUAUGACUAGAUAUAAAAUUGUUUCCUGCUAUACGAAGGUGCUUUUCACAGCAAGGUUAUCUUUUAACAUUUUUGUUAGUAGAGAGAGUAAUUGGGUGUGUAACUACUCUUAGUAAAUCCACUAAAACAUUUUCUCUGCUAGUGAUUGUAAACCACUUACCUUCGAGUAUAACACCAACUGAAAGCAGGCUCAGCUGUAAUUAAUUAAGGGUUAAAAGAAAUUUGCUCGCUACAAUUAUCUUCUAUUUGUACACUUUGCACUAGUAUUCUAUUUUUAAAUCAUUUGUAAUUUUGUAUCAGUUAUCAUGAAUUACUAUACAUUCCUUUUCAGUUUGUAUUUAAAAUAUGGUUAGUAAUAACAAUUGUUUUUACUCAUAUUGUAACUAAAAAAUAUAACUUCUCUUAGUCAAAAAUGAUUUUAAACAUUAAAAAAGUUUUUAAAAUAUAUUUAAUUUUUAAACAUUUGGUUUUUAUUGUGUUAUUUUUGUAUGGUAUUAUUUUGCUAAAAUUGUUUUAUUCUUUGUAACAAAACCAGUUAGUAAAAUAUGGCAUUUAUUAAUUUACAUUUAAUAUUUUGAUAACUGUUGUAGACUAUUACUGUAUCUGUAAUUUAUUCCUAAACGACUUUGUAUUUUUGUAAUUUAUUCAUAUUCUGCCUUUAUUUAUAAUUUUUGUUAUGUGAAAACGUUCUUAUGAUAAUUUUAGGCCUUAAGCAGUAUUAUUUAAAAGCACAAGUGAAGCUUUUAGUCAAGAUCUCUAUGUAUAUAUUAUAUAUGUAUAAGUGUGUUUGUGUGCGUAAUUGUAUUAAAGAAAACACCAAUUUCCUGAAUUCAAGUUACUGUGUAAGAGUUUUGUGGUUUUAACUCUUGCAUUAGCUUCUCAUUAAUUAAAACAGUUGUUUUACUGUAUUAUAUUAGUCAUUAUUAUUUAUGUUAAUAUUGGAAUAAGUAAAUAAAUUAUUGAUUAUGUUAAUAUAAAUAAUAAUAAAAUAAAUUGAUAGUAUAUUAUUAGUAUUAAUAAUUAUUGACGGACAAUCAAAUUUGUUUGAUCAGCAUUUGGUGAUAUAUUAAUAAAUUGUUGGGCUAAUUCCUUGUGAAUUUUAUAAUUAUAAUUAUUUUACAAAACUGAAAAUGUUAUUAAAUGUAGUUUAAAUGUUCUGGAUUGAAGUAAACCUUAAGUUUUGGAAUUAUUUUUCCCUAAAAAACAAAAUGGUUGAUAUUGUGUACAUAUCAAUAUUACGACUGUUGAAUUUGUGUAAAUAGUAAAAGUUUAUAUAUUGGCUAAAUUAGUGUUGUGUACAUAAAUGUAAGUUAGAAAAUUAAUUUUAAAAAUGAGUUGAAAAUUUACAAUUUAUAGCUGUUAAAAUGUGUUGCAAAAAAUACAUGUUAUUUAAAUACAAUAUGUUAUUUAUUACUGAA